CACAGUCACGAAGUAAAGAGCUAUAAAUAUCACUCUAGUGGCAACCGAGCUGUCUGUCUCAGCUCGCGCUCUCUCUCUCUCUCUCUCUCUCUCUCUCUCGUGCAAUGGCGUUACGGAUGCUGCUUCUCGUGGGGGCUUUGCUCUUCUUCGCAUCUGAGGGCGUAGUGAACGGUGGAAACAGGAGGCUAAUGGCGACGAUAGAUUGCGAUGGCUUAUGCAAGGUGAGAUGUGGCCAGCACUCUAGGCCGAACGUGUGCACACGAGCGUGUGGCACGUGCUGCUUGCGGUGCAAGUGCGUUCCGCCCGGUACAUCAGGGAAUAGGGAGGUGUGUGGAACCUGCUACACGGAUAUGACCACUCAUGGGAACAAGACCAAGUGCCCUUAGUGGGGCCCAGCAACGCUGAUAAGAAAGGCCCACUGCUACUACUGUCCCUAUUAAUACUACUAUUAAAAAGCUGUCCUUUUUUCAAUUCUUUUCUUUUGAAGUAUGUAGGUGAAGUAAUGGUAGUGUCUUGGUUGUCGUUCUUCUGUAUGUAGACGGUGAGGUUGGUAGCUGUAAUGCAUGUUGUGUUCUGGGUGUCA